AUGUCGCGCCGCUACCCGACCGCCGAGCUGUACGAGGAGCGCGAGCGCGACUUCUACCGCAACGGCAACCGCAGCGAACGCAACUAUGAGGAACUCGACAUUGAGCUGCGCCGUGGCAGCGAUCCGCGCCGCAGUGCCGCCGACUUCCUCCGCGACGACCGCCCUACCACUGGGCCCAUGGUCCUCCGUGGGCGAGACCGCGACGAGGACACCUUCUCCAGAGCCCCGCCGCCGCCCCGCAGUCACCGCGGCGCCUUCGACGACGACAACAUCUCCAUCCGCAGCCGCCCACCGCCCCCACCCUCUAGCGUGAGAGAGCGCGAACUCGACGACAUCACCCUGCGCCGCAGUGACACGGGAGGCCGCGGCCGACGCGAGCUCGAACGCGAAAAGGACGAAAUCGACGUGACCAUCAAACGCCGCGAGCAGUCCAGAGGCCCUCCGCCACGAGAGGCCCGUUUUGAGCGUGACAUCCCCUUCCGCCGCGGCGAUGGCGCCCACCCCCGCCCCCGUGAAGUCAGCAUCGAGCGCGAAGAUGUCCGUUUCCGAGAGCGCGGCGACAGCAUCGACAUCCGCGCCUCUCGCAAGGACUUCAGCAGCGAUGGCCGCGAUGUCUCAGCCGAGCGUGACUCCAUCCGCUUCCAGGAGCGAGACGGCAACUUUGACAUCCGCGCUUCUCGCCGCGAGUUCAGCCGCAACGGCAGAGACCGCAGCGUAGAAAGAGAUUCUCUCGUCAUACGAGGCCGAGAGCGAUCUCUGCCAACGCCGAGCUCACGUGGAGAGCUGGUCGCUCGCGAACGGGAGGAGUUCGUUGUUCGCCGACCCCGUGAGCAGUCGCGAGGCCCCCGCGAGCGCGAAGUCGUCAAGGACGAGAUAGUAAUUCGUCGCAUGGAAGAGCGCUCGCCUUCUCCUGAGCCCUUGCCACCUCCACCGCCACCGCCACCAGCGCCCGAGCCAGAGAUCAGGCCUCCCAUCAUCCAGGAGAUCAUUACGCACCACAGGCACAUCGAUCAUGGUGUCGAGAGAGCCCGCUCGCCAACGCCCCCUCCUCCACCACCAGCGCCUCCUUCGCCCCCACGCAAUGAGCGCAUCGAGAUUGAGAUCAACCGUAGAGAAACCAGGAAAGGUGGACGUUCGACUGAGUUUGAGGAGCUCGACAUUGAGAUUGAUCGCAGCCGCAGCCGCAAUCAUGAUUUUGAGGUGAGAGCCCGCUCGCCCUCCUUCAGCCCUCCCAGACGUCGUUAUACUGCCCCUGCCCCUACCGAUUCCGAGUUCGAGAUUGAAGCCGAUUACUACAAUCGCAAAGCUUUGGAGCGCGCCUAUCCGGGCGAGGCUUGGAACGGUGCCACUACAGAUUGGACCAUCAUCGACGUUCCACCCGGCACGAAGCGAGUUCAAUUGGACGGAAUCGGUGGCGGCUCUCAGGAAGUCACCUGGCAGCGAUAUAACGGCGUCCGCCGUUCAAAGUUCAUCAGCGCCGAGGAUGAACACGUCACUGACAUUCUUACCCAGGGCCCUGUAAAAUCCAAGAAGAAGGACAUGUGGACAGAAGUGACAAAGGAUCUGGUGCUCCGCGAAGCCAUCGAUGUCAUGGGUUACAGGUGCGAAGAGUCGGAUGAUUUCUUCUACAUUAUGGAGUACCUGCGCUACGAGGACGUUCUUCACCUCGUCGAGAUUUCCGACGAUAUCCGCCGCAAGCGCAAGGCCCGCAUAAGGGAGAUUGAGUUUGAGCGUGAGGAAAUCCGCCGGCCGAGCUCAGCCUACGACGACCGCUACUACGAGCACGAGGUGUCAUUUGAUAGCCGCCGCAGCAGGUACCGUUAG